AUGAGCCGGAAAAACAAAAAAACCUUAAAGGAGAAAUUUGCCUUGAAGAACAGCUUGGUUAAAGAAGCCCUCUCAGAAUUCCUGGGAACUUUUAUAUUGAUAGCACUGGGAUGUGGGUGUGUGGGACAGGCUGUCCUUAGCCGAGGAGCCCAUGGUGGACCCAUGACAGUAUCAGUUGGAUUUGCAAUGGCAGUCACCAUAGCAGUGUAUGUGUCCGGGGGCGUUUCUGGUGGUCACAUAAACCCAGCCGUUUCAUUAGCCAUGUGCGUGACUGGAAGAUUAAAAUGGACCAAAUUACCAAUUUACAUAUUAGCACAACUCCUGGGAGCAUUUGUCGGAGCAGCAGCUGUCUUUGGGAUUUAUUACGAUGCCUUUAUGGAGUAUAGCAAUGGAACACUGGAAGUCACAGGACCUAAUGCAACAGCACAUAUCUUUGCAACAUAUCCAGCUCCGUAUCUGUCCCUCAUAAAUGGAUUUGCAGAUCAGGUGAUGUCAACAGCUGUUCUUCUUCUGGCUAUAUUUGCUAUUUUUGACACCAGAAAUAACAGUGUACCAAAGGGCCUGGAGCCAAUUGCAGUAGGACUUCUUAUAAUUGUUCUUACUUGCUCCUUGGGAAUGAACAGUGGCUGUGCCGUGAACCCGGCAAGGGAUCUAGGCCCAAGGCUCUUCACAGCCAUUGCAGGAUGGGGGAUGGAAGUAUUCACGGCUGGAAAUAAUUGGUGGUGGGUCCCUAUAGUUGCGCCUAUGCUAGGAGGUGUACUUGGAGCAAUGAUCUAUAUUGUUUUUAUUGAAAUUCAUCACUCGGAUGCUCAGCCAGGAGAAAAUGACGUGUAUGAUAAAUAUGAACUGACCAAUAUGGAGUAAGAAUUUUGUUUUGCAGUUUUUAUGCAAAUGAUUGUUUGGACCAUUUUAUAAAGCCUGUAUGCCUUGAUUAAAAAUCCACCUUUCAAAGCAGAAAAAUCUAUACAGAAGACAAGUUCAAAACUGACCUCUUUCCAUGAAAAAUCAGGGUGAUUGCAUUCAAAACCAGGAACUUGGGGGUGGGAAGGGUAAAUUGUUGUUCUUCUCAUAUGGUUUUCAGUUAUCUCCUAGAUGAAACUGUAGUGAGAUGAUGCACUGACCUGUUGAUUCAACACACAUGAUCUUAAUGAUGUUGCCUAAUUGACUGAGAAUAGAUGAGAUAUUUUUAUGAAACCACAUGCAUAGGUAGUUAAUUGGUUCAGUGCUGAAUUAAUGUGCAAGAGCAUCACUCACUUCUUAUAAUCAUUAUUUAAGAACGUCUUGUCUGAAAAUUAAAAACAAUACCCAAAUUGCAUAAAUGUCAAUUGCAGUAGUUUUAAGUAACUUACUAAAUUUUUAUGAAGCCACUAAUUGAACAGUAAGGAAUCAACUCAUCAGUGAUGAGGUUUAGUAACUCAAAAUAUGAUCACAAAAGGUAAAAACUGUGUGUUGUAAGAUCAACACCAAAAAGACAAAGCUGUACUUCUGCACAGGUUCUUCAUAGCAAUAGUGUUCAGCUAUAUUUAAAGUAUUUACUUGACCUUUAUGCUACCCAAAAUAAAAAGCCUAACAUAGAAUAUUAAUCUGAACCUCUUCCACUGUGCUUUCUGGAUAGAACUCAUUCCUGUGGAGCUGGGCCAGCAACAGAGGCUUAUCCUGUGCCUAUGUCUGCAAAAGUUUUAGAGGCCUUCUGCUGCUGAUUUACAUGGGGGGAUUUAACCUGCUUUGUGGGAGUAAUUUUUAUUUUAGUAGCAGUAACUGAAAUUAGAAACUGGUCUCAGACCUAGUCCUAGAUCCAAAUUCCCCAAGGAAGGCCAGCUCCACAUCAGAGUUCUGAAGCAUGGGUUCUCUCUCUCUGGGAAGUGGUUGGACAUACACCACACUUCCUAAAUAUCCAGCCUCAAAAAAUGAGAUUAUUUCUGCUUAAUCAUUAUGAAUUGAAUGUAUCCAGUUAAAUCAAAGUUCAUUUCUAAUAUGUAUACAUAUAUAUAUGGUUGUUGGUGGUGAUUAUGAAUAAAUAGACAUCCUAUUCAGUGAUGCUCCUGAGCUAUUAUCAUGGCAAAACUUCAGGGUACCAGUUCAAUGUACUCAUUUUAGGGCACUCCUCCCUUUAGAUUCCUACAGUUCUGCUCCCUAGAAUUCCACACUAUUUUCUGAUUUCACUCCUGAAGGGAGGAACACUUUGUUUUGCCAGUAAUAGCCUGUGCAUGUUGGUGAAGUAUCCAGAGAAGUGGUUUGGAAAAUACUGUGGUCAGAAUCUGCCUCGACAUUUAGGCAGAUCAGGCCUGUGUCACUGCAUGUCUUUAUCAUGCUCCCCAGUAUGCCAUGCUGAAUUCAUGGCAGCAAAGGGAUAGAAUUAGCACGUCAAGCAAAUCUUUGCUUGCUGCAGCUGUAAGUCGGAUGAUGCUGUAUACUCGAGGGAGUAUAAUUCCAAUUUGAAUUGUGUUUUUGAAGAAAACUUACAGAACUGUAACAAACUCAGGUUGCCCAGAGACCGUAUCAGCCCUGUGCAAAAUGCUCAUUUGAUUCAGCCAUAUCUCUGCUGUGGGUUAAAAACCAAUAUAGCUAUACCCAUCCACACUUGACCGCAUUGUAUCACUAUCUGGAGAGCUGCAAUAACAAGAAGGGAAGGUUUACAGAAUCAGUCCUCAAUCUGAGCAGAGGCAGAUACAGAAGAAUCAAAAGUACAAUGUGGAAACUGCUUCUAACUGUAGACCUUAUCUGGCAGCACAGACAAGCUAGUUCAUCUGUCCUGUAUGUUGAUAAAUUGCACUACAUAAAACAAGAUGGUGUGUAAAAGCAAUUGCACACUGAGCCUCCUUUUCUCCCCUUUGCAAUGAGUGCUGUCUCACUCUUUGGCGAUACCUGACAGGAGCACUCCUAGGUGGCUGCCAACCAUCUGUGCCUGGAGAGGGAUUACAUAGGUAGGAACAGCCAGAAGGCUGCCCCCAGGUCUGAAAGGCACUUAGUCUUCCACUGACACCAACACCUAACAUGAAAUAUCUGUGCAGAAAAUAAAAAUAGACAGCUAAUUAACCAGAAGUAACCAAUUUUGUCUGAAGUGGUAGGGGCAGGUUACCUGUGCUAGAAUUUUGCAUGGUCAGUAGGCUUCAUAUGCCUCACGAUGUUGCUUCGUUUAAUAUACCAUGGAAAACACAGAGGAAAGCAGAAUACAGGUCAGAAAUGAGAAAGGGACAGUUUAUUUAUACAACCUACUGAGUGACCAGCCCACUCUUACUGUGUGUUUGUGUGUUGGCAAAGGUACAUAAAGUUGUGCAUUUUCUCAAAAUCCUUCCAAUCACAACAGGUUCUGCCUGUAAAUCAACAUGACAAGUUGUUUCUCCUACUGAUGCCAUUUCCAUGCACUGAAUUUCUGUACAGGUGAUACUUCCUUGUCUGAAGUUAUGAACAUGCAAACAGCAAGCAGUGACACAUUAGCGUUGAUAGCAUAGCAAUAUUUAAAAUAUAGUCUCAACAAGUUGUUGUCAAUUCUGUCUUUGCUUAAAGAACUUAUUUCUAAACUUUAAUCAUUGAAUAGGCUUGUAAAUUCUUUGAAGACACAUGGUACUAAUACCACAAUCCCUCAUGACUUCACAAAAGCCAGAAUUUCAUCCAGGAACAAGGUGUUACAGACCUAUCUCAGAGUUGACAUCAUUUACAUUUAUAAGAAUGAAUUCCUGCUUUAGGGACAAAACUCAGUUGAGUCUUAACUAAAGAACCAUGACCAGUUCAUGGACCAUAACAUAAUGGGAACAAUAAUAAUUAUCUCGUGCCAUAAGCUUACACAGACAUCAUGAUCUGCUUUGUGCAAAACAAAAAAGCAUUUUUACUUUGCAUAAACUACGCAAUUUUCUAACAUCAACUGAUAUUCAGUGGUUGCACUCAUGUUGAAUUAAUUAAUACAGUUGGCAACAAGAAACAGUUUUUCCAGCCAUAAGACAUUCUGGUUAAUGAAUUAAUAGUAAUCAGGCUUGAUUGUUUUAAUGUUGAAAAAAAUUCAUUUUCAGAGCAUUGUUCAACUUUAAGCCUGUGUUUGUUCUUUUUCUUUUUUUGGGCAAUGUGUUUGUUCUUUAGAGGUAAACUUUGUACUAAAGUAAUUUGGAGAGUGAUCCUGCAAAUAGUACUGUGUUAAAGGUUGGCUACUGCAUGUCGUUUCAUAGAAGCCUCUGGAAUUAUUCACAAUGGGAGGCAAUACAAGCAAGGAUAAGUGCUCAGAGAAUUGAACUCAGAGCAUAGCAGAGACUGUACUUUCUUGUAGUUUUGACUGUGAAUCUGGAUGGAUGUGUUGUGGUUCAAAAUAAAUACAGUCAAUCCCUAAUAAAUGCAUUCCAGUGCUAUUUUUAUAAAAAAUCUCCCCCCGGCACCUAAGGACAUAUUAAGAAAUAAACGGCUGCCUAUUAUGACCUACGAUGUUUUAUAGCCUUGUGCUGGAACAACACAUUGACUAACAAGCUGUAUUCCCAGAGCACAUACCCUGUGGCAGAUUUCGUGGGUCAGAAGCAGUGCCAAAGCAGAGAAAUGCUCAUAUAUGAGUAAUGGCCACUGCUGGGCCAGGAGGCACCGGCGCAACAAUGAGAGGGCCAGGCUCCUCGCCUCUGGACCUUCUCCUGUUCCUGCCUGCAGCCUGCCUAGGGACGCUUUCUGCCACAGCUUUCCCACCGAUCUAACGAUAGCCAGAACCUAGGUGUGAUAUUUUGAUUAAGUCCCUCUUCAGAGAUUGCUUUUAAGGCAUGCAUACAUCAUGUCAGAUUUGGCCUACAGUACUUAGAAAAUGCCCCAAGCUAAUUUAUCUAUCUUUUCUACAGAUUUGUAACAGGGACAUGCUUUGCUCGUUUCAUUGUGAAAGCACAUGAAAACCUAUUCUGUGGGGGCAAGGGGAGAGGGAAAGAUUAGGAGCUUCAAAUUUACU